AUGACGGAGAACUUGCAUCCCUUCUCCCCUGCCGCACUCGCGAAGCUCCCUCGACUCUCGCGUCCUGCACGAUACACGCGUGAAGACCACAUCCCUGAUGCGCAAGCAGAUGCGGAUGGAAACAGACCGACCGUAGCGGAUUACCAUGCUAUCAAUAGCCUACCCCCCUCCGUGCGCGUACCCAGGAAGAUCGCGACGCCCAUCCGCGUUGAGGGCAAAGUCUGGUUCGCAAACGAGCGAACAUGGAUAUCUUGGUUGAACAUGGCCGUACUUCUUGGCACCCUAUCCCUUGCGCUCUUCAACGCAUCGAAGGACAAGACGGCGAGGAUAUUCGCAUAUGUCUAUGCCCUGAUCAGUAUCGGUGUUUUGAUCUACGGAUACCUCAUCUACCAGCACCGCAUCACCAAGAUUCGCAGGCGAGAUCCAGGUCACUUUGAUGCUAUCGCGGGACCCAUCAUUGUCAGCGUCCUUCUGUUCUUCGCUAUCCUUGCCAACUUCAUCAUCCGAGGUGCGUCAUUUGGGCAUCUCCCUGUGCCUUCGUACUGA